AUGUUUGGCCCGCUGUACUUCAGACAACUUGAAAGGGACAAAACGGAAGCCUUGAAAUGCAAUAAAGGUGUUUUUUAUGACUUUAUAUCAGACAAAGCCCAUCAAGAGUUCGAAUGGUGGGUUAUGCAUGUUGAUUCUAGCUACAAUGCCAUAAGUUAUGGUGAGCCCACCAUUGUUUCUUUUUUCAGAACUACUGGUACCCAUAUGGUGUAAUCAGGACAGUGUAGUCAUGUUAUCUACCAUGACCUUCACAUGCUGUCCCUUUAUUGUCAAUGGAAAAGAUUACAAUGCAAGUGAAUAUUGCAAGCAAUUCCACGUAAUUAAUGUGGUAGUUAGCCUCUUCGGCAGUCCAGUUUCCACCUGUAGAAAUAUCAUUUAAUGAACAGCCCCACCCAGUGCAUGAGGCAUCAGUGCACAGGUUACAAAAAUUUAACAGAAUUAACCUCUAGUUAAGCUGUGUUUUCGUGCUUUUAUGUUAUAUAGAUACCAGGAAAGGCAGCGUGGCAUUGCAAGAGCCAGUCCAGGAAGCUACAAUUGGCCAUAGAAGAAAGUACAACAAAGUAUGAAAGAUGGAUCCAUGUACAUCUUCCAUCGGUCAAUGAACAUACGGUUCACCCAACUGGAGACGUAAGCAUUUUAAACUUUUAUCUUUUCAAAGUUUUUGAUCAUAAUUAGUAUGUGGGAGGUGUUUUUACAUGUAGCACUUCAACAGUCGGUUUUUAUAUAUCUUGCCAAUAUUUCUCUGUUUCAUUCAUUAUUCUUUGGUAGGCCAGCAGUUUCCAGCGAAUCGACGGAAAGCUGGUCACCAAAAUUCAAGAGCUGGUUUCUGUAGGUGCAAGAUCUGAGAAGAAGAUUGGUCAGCACCUUAAGAUUUUUGUCCAGUGGGAGUUGUAUCAGGGAAAACAGGAACCUCAGAAAACCAAGCAACGGUUCUAUCCCUCCAAAGCGACCAUCUGCAGCCAUAUUUAUAAGUCAUUUGUCAAGGAAACGUUCUCAACAAUUGACCAGGAAGACUAUUUAAGAAAAGUAGAGCUUUGGAAAAAGACCUCACCUCAUGACCCUUUCGCAUAUCACCCAUACGCCACAUACGCCAGUGAAGAAAAAAGCACGCGACCUGCAGAGGACAGUGACAGAGAGUCGCACAAUGAGGGAGAGGAUGAGCAAAUACUUAAGACAUCAACAAAGGGGCUCUUGUUUGUCCACCAAUCAAAAGAUCAAAGACGACUUUUAGAGCGAUAUGGAAGCGAAAUUUGUAUGCUAGACGCCGCUUACAAGACCAAAAGAUACAGCCUCCCUCUUUUCUUUGUUGUUGUCAAGACUAACAUUGACUAUCAGAUUAUGGGUUCUUGCAUUGUUCAAAGUGAGGCGACUGAUGCUAUCUUUGAGGGGUUGUCUGUUCUGAAGUCGUGGAACCAGAAAUGGAACGUACCUCUCCUGUUUCAUGGUUGACUAUGCAGAAGAAGAAAUGUCAGCAGUUGGAUAGUUAUUCCCUGAUAGUUCAAUAAGUAAUUGCUUGAAAGAGUGGCACAUAAAUAUAUCGGUACUUAAAAACCAAUGUUGAUGUUGCACUAGCAGCUGAAAACAUAAUGACAACAAAGUAGAGUAUGAUCCCUGUUAUUACUGUUUUAGAUACAGCUCUUUGACCAAACCCUAACCAUAACCAUAUUGUCCCUAAAAUCAACGCACACAUGCGUUUUUGGUAAAUAGCUGGGCACCUUACCCACUUUAUCUUGAGUUACCUCUUCAAAAACUUAGGCGAGUCACCUCAAGUAAAGUUAUUUUAAAAUCCAGGAGCAUCUAGAUGGAAGCUUUCAUUAGUCUAUUAUACCAUUAGCCUGAACAAGUCACCACAUAGUGAGCGAUACAACAGGUUAAUUUAGAGAGUUCUUUUGGCUACGUUUUCUCACAAUGUUUACAAAACUUGUUCCUACAGAGGUUAGAUUUUCAUCCGUAAUUUCCAUCGUGAACAGGCCUGGGAAAGAUGGCUUGGUAAGCCAAGAAAUGGCAUGGUAACAACAACGCCAAAUUUUUCUUGCCAAGCUACGGGCAAUAGCCAGAGCUAGAACAGAACAGGAAUACAUGGAAAAAGUGAGCAGUCUGAAGGAGAGUUAUGAAUGGAAGUCGAGUUCUAACUUUCGAAAUACAUCUCAAAGACCUGGCUCCUGCAACACAAGGUAACGAGGAUAAGAACUCAAAUAUGUGCACCGCAUUUUUUUUUUUUUUAAAAUAUCUUAUUGAAUUUUUUAUUCUCGACAUUUUUCAUUAUUCUUAUAGAAAUGGGUAUGGGCUUUCCGAAAAGACCAUCUCCUCACAACAAUAAAUACAAACAAUGGUGUGGAGAGACAGAACAAGGCCUUUAAAUACGACUACUUGGAAGGACACAAGCAUUUGACCUUUAGUAGCAUGUUAUCCGUACUUCUCAAUGAAUUCCUUCCUGACAAAUAUCUCAAGUUAACUGGCCGAAAGGCAAGUGCAAAAUACAUUUAAAUAGCUCCAGACGCAUGUAUCUCACGCAUAUAUCUCCUUGCUUUCAAACUCACGGAAGCGAACAACCCCGGCGAACAACAAGUAGCCAAAUUUCCCGCCAGUUUCCCCUUUGUAGAAUUCAAUCAUCCAUAACCGACCUUUCAAUUUCCGGUUCUUUGACAACCUCCUUUAGAGGGAUUGCAAAGCGAUGUUGCGCCAUUUUAGUUGUAUUUAGCCAUCCAUCAAAGGGAGGUUUUGAGUUUUUGUUGAAAGUUUAAUUCUCCAGAUUAGAUCUAUUCUUUUAUUAUUACGACCUGGACAAACUAUUAAGACUGCCGAACGAAAUCAUCUUCAAAAUAAUGUGGAUGACUGAAAAGAACAGAGCCCGGGUUUCCUAAAGAAAGUCUUUUUUACUUUUUAUUCAACAAUGAAAACUGUUUUGAAUAUACAUAGCAAACAUAACACAGGAAGUGUUGACUGUUUGCCCUUUGAAUCUUUUAAUUUCCGGUUCUCUAACAACUUUUCCCUUUAAGGGGUUACCAAACAAUGUCCUACCAUUAACGUAUUUGUAAUCAGCCAUCCAUGAAAGGGAGCUUUCGAGUUUUUGUUGAAGUUUAGUUCCUAGCAAAGAGAAAUAAUUUUUCUUCCGAUGAGACGUAUUCUUUAGUUAAAAAUAGAUUUAUAAGGUUUCUACAACAGUUUUUUAGCCAAUGAGCUCACAGAAACCUAAUUUUAAGGCAACAACACGAAGGCGACUCGGGUCACCUCGGAUUCCAUCAUCACAAGAAGUUCCAACGGCACCUCCUUUUAACGGAUGACAAAGUGUGACUACCUAAUAUCUGUGUUAAAGGAAGAGGAUGUUUACAGUCGCUGAUAGCCAGAGCAGAUGAACUUCCACCUUUCCCAGCACAAGGGCAUGCUGCUCAUUUUGCUGCCGAAGCCAAGAAAAAGAUGAGGCAUUGCCAGGCCUGGAGUUAA